CAGUUUUGGUAUUUGUGCGCAGGGGAAGGGGCGGUGAAAAAACGUAUUAUAUUAUUGUGAUAUCACCGUACGAUAUUAUUAUUAUUAUUAUAAUUUAUAUGCCAUUGCUGCAAUUGUGUAGACGUCAACAAAAAAAUCCAACUAUUCCUUAUCAAUAAUUGUGCGCUCUCGCCCUCGCGGAAUUCGCAUUCGCGUCGAAAAGUGAAAACGCACGAUAUAGUCUAACACUUUUGCACGGCGACGUACGUUUUUCGGGACGUUGGGUUUGGGUUUUUUUAUCGCGGAAAUUUCGUUUCCGACGUGAUUUCCGGGUGACCGCAGACGAGUACCCACAAACGGUCCGCCAAGAUGAUGAGCCGCGCCGACGGUCUGGUGCAAAGGCGCAACGUCAACAGAGACAGCGCGGACGGCGUUUCCAAGGAGAACGGCCAGUCGGCGGCCGACAAACUCGACUACGAGGAAGACAUCGACGACGGUGACUCUAAAGAGACACGUCUCACGUUAAUGGAAGAAGUGCUGCUGCUUGGUCUCAAAGACAAAGAGGGGUAUACAUCAUUUUGGAAUGAUUCAAUUUCAUCUGGCUUACGUGGAUGUAUACUUGUUGAACUCGCACUUCGUCAAAGAAUUGAACUAGAAAAAGCUGGAAUGCGAAGAAAAAGCCUACAAAUGAGGAAAGUAAUUAUAAAAAAUGAGACACCUACAGGUGAUGUUCUGUUAGAUGAAGCUCUUAAACAUAUCAAAGAGACCAAUCCUCCUGAAACAAUACAAAGUUGGAUUGAAUAUUUGAGUGGUGAAACGUGGAAUCCUUUGAAAAUCAAAUAUCAACUGAAAAAUGUGAGAGAACGAUUAGCAAAAAACUUAGUAGAAAAAGGUGUUCUCACCACUGAAAAACAAAACUUUCUUUUAUUUGAUAUGACUACGCAUCCAUUAACAGAUAAUGAAGCUAAAGUUAGGCUAGUUAAAAAGGUGCAAGAUGCUGUUUUGUCUCGGUGGAUUAAUGAUCCACAUAGAAUGGAUAAACGACUGUUGGCUUUAUUAUUGUUGGCUCAAGCAUCAGAUGUACUGGAAAGUGCAUUUUCUCCUCUAAAUGAUGAAGAUUAUGAAUUAGCCACUAGAAGAUUACGAGAAUUAUCAGACAUGGAUUUAGAAGUUGAGUCAAUGAAAGGUUCUACUAAUGACGUAAUUUGGGCUGUAUUUGCCAAUUUCAAUAAAUAAGUUUAUUUAAGACCAAAUAGUUAACCAACAUUCUUAAUAAAUUUCUGGGGGAGAAUAUAAAUAUGUAAUAAAUAAUAUUGUGUAAUCAUUUGCCAUUUUACAUUUUAUUGAUUUUCUUAAUGAAAUUAUAUUUUUUAUUUAAUAUGCAUUGACUAGGUAAACCUAAUGUAUUUGCAAAAAUGUAAAUAACUAGAAAGUCGUCAGCAGACUGUUGUACAAAAAAUAAUGGUUAAAUAUCAAAUGUGAAUGCUUUGUAAUAUAAAUGUAUUAUUUAUUUUGUAAUACCUAAUAUUACUUUUGGUCAUUAUGAGUUAAACUAAAAUUGUGAGUAGUAAAUUUAUAUAAUACACUUAUAAAAACUAAAAGACAUACUUACAUCUUAUAGUUCAGUAAUAAUACUGAUUGCAUAGCUACAAUUUUAGUGCCAUUUUUAUUCUUAAAUCAGCUAUUGUUAUUGAAAAUGUAUUUAUAAUUAAAUUUUUAUGUUGAAAUUUAAGAUUAUUUUAUUUUAUAAAUAUAAAAUAUAUUAUUCCUUUUUAAAACCAUAAAUUUGUUAAAUUGUUAUCAUUAUUCAAUAGUCAUACUCAUACUUAUCAAAAUAAUUAGAUUUCCAGUGUUUUUUGGUUUAUAUUUUAGUAGUGAAAAUGUCACAAAAAAAAGUAUUUACAAUCAUAAACUAAGCAUUGAUAAAACUAUAUUUAAAUAACACAUUUUACACCAUUAAAAUCAUUAUAAAGAUAAGUUUAAAGUUAAAAAUUUUACAAUAUCAUGCACUAUCAAACAUUUGUUAUUUAAUUUUGUUUGAAGACAUUACUAAAAUUUUGUAUUGAUCAACUAAGCUUUGGCUAUUUACACUUGAUAAACUUUUUUAUGUUUUGACGUCAGUUUAAAACUGUGUAAUCCAAGUGUAUAUUAUAAAGUUACAUUUUUUAUCUUGCUGUGUUAGUAUCAUAGUAUAAUGCUAUUCAUUUCUUAUAUUAUGUUAUAAAUUAAAUUAAUAAUAUCUAACAUAUUGCAGUGUGGGUAAUGGGUAUAAUAUGUGCAAACAAUGGUUGUAUGAAAAAAAUAUGCUUUAUUUGGCUGUGAUGGGUUUACAUAUAAUUUGUUUAAUUUAGGUAGCAAAACAUUGUAAAUAAUUUAUUAAUCAAACUUGAUUAAAAUAUAGAAAUACAAUUUUGACAUUUUAUAUACCAUACUACCAUAAUGACAAAGUUAUUAUUAUACCAUCAUUAAUUAUGUACAUUAACUGCAUCUACAUUUUUUUAUUUUAAUUAUUAUUAUGUUUAUUAUAUAUUAUUUUAUAAAUAUUUCAUUUUUUUAUUUUUAUUAGUACAAUUGUAAUAGGUAACUCUACAAUAUGAUAUAAUUUGUUAAGUAUUAAAAUUGUUGCUUUUAAAAAAUUUAUUAAGUUUAUUAUAUUGUAAAGAUUAAGAUUUGGGUAAUAUUCUUAUAAUUUUCAUAAAUAACUUUAAAAAGGAAUAUUAAUAACAAUAAUAAUAAUGUAAAAAAAAAUAAGAAAAUAAUACUUCACUAUCAUUCUACACUAGUCUAAGAUUAUUUGAUUCAAUACUUUUUGAAAAUAUAACAUUCACUAUAAUUAUAAUGGUUAGUGGCGGCCACAAAAAGUAUUCGGUGAUUGACGCCAUACCACAACCCUUAUUCCAUUUGUAGCCAUGAGUUUUCAACAUGUUAAUCUGGCAUGUGCUUGUAGUGUCAAGUGCACAUGUCUUUAUAAAUUGCAAGAUUUUUAGUACCCAUUAUUGAUAUUUGAAUCUGGACCUGGUGUAAACUAGGACCCCAUUGGUCACUGCUCCCUUCUCGUGGCUCUGACUAAUAUAUAUAUACUAAUACCUAUAUAAAAUAUUUGCAAAUCUUAUUUUAGUCUUUCUGUGCGCUAUUUACUUAAACAUAAUUACUUAUGUAAUUAUAAAUAGAAUAACUUUAACCUUAUACAGAAAAUGUUAUGUGAACUUUGUACAUAGUUAUUUAUUUGAUUGUCCUAAUAUAAUGAACAGUACAAUAUUACUGUCCAGUGUGCAAAUAUUAAAGCAAUUUAUUCAUAAUAAAGUAGAUGGUAAAAGAGUGCAUGCAAACAAAAUUACACUCAAAACAGUCUAAAAUUCCAUGACAACUGUGUAUAUAUAAAUUAUUAAUAUACAUAUGUUAGAUUAUAUUUCUCAGCAUUAUAUUUAUUUAAUAAUUUUGUAUUGAACUUGUGUCAUUUUAAUUGUAAAAAAUAAUAAUGUUUACACCAUUCAAGUUACCCAUAAACAAUUGUUAUAAAUUACAUUAAACAUGAUAUGUAUGAUUAAUCUUUUAGAAUGCACUGUUGUUUCAUACAGAUGACAAAAAUAUUUUAUGAAUAUUAUUAUUAUAUAUUAUAAUUUAUUAUUACCUUGUAUUACCUAGACAUUAUAUAUUAUAUAUAUUACAAUACCUAAUAUUGUAUUAAAACAUCAGGUGCUCAAUA